AUGGCUACGGCUAUGGCUUUGGUUGCACCACCAACAGAUCGUUAUUUGUGUUUGUCAGCAAUGAUUUAUUUUUAUGAUCGAUUAAAACGCAAUGAUAAUGACUUGUUGAUCAUUGCUUCUCAUUAUGCAUUUUUGGCACAAGGUUUUAUUAUCAAUGAAGCACCAAUUGGAGCAGAAGAAGUAUUGGUUUUUGAUCAUGGCAAUACUAGUCGGUAUGACAUCGUCGUAUAUGUUAAAGAUACAAUGGUUAUUGAAACAACACAUUCAACCGAUAGAAAAGAUUAUUAUUUAACAUUAAACAUUAGUAAUAAAACUUAUAAUGAUUUUGUGCAUAUAGCCACCUAUUUAAAUCAAGGGUAA